AUGUCAGAUUUCCCUAAAGAAAGACUACAGCCUGACCAGCCACCAUUUUCAAAUGUUGGAAUGGACUAUUUUGGUCCUUUUCAGUUGAAACGAGGCAGGAGUACUGUUAAGAGAUAUGGAGUGACCUUCACCUGUAUGGUUUUACGUGCAGUUCAUCUAGAGAUGGCAUUUUCAUUAGAUACAGAUUCUUGUAUCAAUGCUAUACGUAGGUUUAUUGCAAGGAGAGGAAAACCAAACCUCAUUAGAUCAGACAAUGGAACUAACCUUGCUGGUGCCGAGAAGGAACUCAGAGAGGCGAUACAAGCAUGGAACUCAGACAAGAUUCACAAUCAGUUGUUGCAAAAAGGGAUCCAGUGCGAAUCUAAUCCACCUUCAGCUUCCCAUUUUGGAGGAUUCUGGGAAAGACUCAUACGAUCACAAGAGGAUGUCCUCUAUACAAUGAUGGAGUGGUACAGGCAGGAGACCAAGCUUUCAGACAAUGAGAUUCCUGAUGUUAGCUAUGUCAUUGAUGUUUGGAUCCAAGAGGAGGAAAAGAAAGAGGUUCAAGAAGACUCAAGUUCAAAACCCUUUCAAAGAAAGAAGAAGAAACCAUUAGCAGAAAGAAUUGCAGAGAGAGAAGCGGCUAAAGUGGCUAAGGAGGAAGAAGAGAAGAAGCAGAAUACACCACUGACAGCAGAGGAAGAAUUAACAGAAAAGUUACGCAGAGAGAAAAUUCAGAAAGAGGCAGAUUUGAAACUCGCCAAAGAAGCAUUUGGAAUUGAAGUCACGGGCAUUGAUGCAAUGUACCCGGAAACUGAAGAGGAAUACAACAAGUUUGAGGAAGCAUUGAAAACUAAAAUCUCAUUUUUUGAAAAAUCCAAAUAUUAUGUUCCAUUUUUAGAAAAGUUAUUCACCAAUUUAGCAGUGUCAUUAGAAAGUGAAGAUGUGAAAAGGAUUGGUGCCACACUUAACACAGUAUUUCAUGAAAAACAGAGACAACAAAAGGAACAGGAAAAGAAUUCGAAGAAAAAAGGCAAGAAAAAGAUUGUGAUAAAAGCGGAACGUGACAAUGACUUUGGUGACCUAGCAGCGGCCUCAACAGGAGAAUAUAACGAUUAUUACGACGAGGACUUUAUAUAACGUCAAGUGAAUUCAUAAUGAUGGAAGUUUUAUUUACAAGCGGUGUUCAACAUCACACCUGACUGUUCUGAUGGAUUGAGUAAAUCAACAAAACUGGUCUUCUGCAAAGAAGUUGUGUAUGCCUUGAGUAAAAUUGUAUUUAUUGAUGAUUCAGUCAUUCAAUUUCCUGAAGGAGUUACUUUCUUUUAUUAAGAAAAUGUACUGUUGAUAUUUUCAUGAAAUGAAUAAAUUUGUAAAGAAAGUUUGGAACCCUCUUCAACAAUGCUGCUGUAUGCUUUGCUUUGUUUUGUUUAAUUCCUCAAAAAAUAGUAUUUUCUUCUUUGUUAAAGAAAUGUUGAAUGGAUCCUGUAACAUUGCAUAGAUUUUGUCAUGAAGAACUAUAAUGAAGUUUUAUUUCACAAAUGAU